AGUACAUGCUGCCCCGAAGUACCUCCGCACUUCCUCGGAUCCGACCGAAUUCCGUACCCACGGGAACUGAUCGAUAGAGUAAGGCCUAUAUCUGUUGCAUAACCUCCUCAUCUCCAAUGGCCCUUCUUCAUCUACAAUAACGAGCACCACCAACGAGAUCUCCCCGCCAAGGCUCGCGUCUCCUCCUCGCUUCGGUUGCCAAGAGAGUGGAAUCUCUAUCCUUGAACAUUCAAGAACGUGUUGCGCUUCGAUAGAAUCCAUUGGUAACAUCUUACCCAUCAAGUCCCAUACAAGGCUACGGGAUGGCCUUUUUCUGAUAAAGACGCGAAGUCGCAGUCUAGGGAGAUAUUUAUCCCGAGUUUUUGGGAGUCUUUUAUCCGAAGGCAUUUACUUGCCCUCUGUCUCCCUUUCUCUCUCUCGAAUCAUGAGAUUCUCUCCUACUGUCGUCGCUCUUUGUGUGGCUUUGGAAUGGUCUUUGACAUCUGCCUUGACCAUCAGCCAAAUCAAUGGAGACAAAUAUUUGUCGUCGUAUAAUGGUCAGAAUGUUACAGCUAUCGAAGGAGUCGUGACGGCAAAGGGACCAAGGUUCGUUAUCAUAUUCUCUUCUGCUGCCAAUUAGUCUCUCCUAGACCAGGUUGAGCUUAAACUUGCCGCCUUUUUUGCGAAUUUGACCCAUAAUCUACUGUACCGUACAUCUAUCCAGAAGCGCAAUUCCUAAUUCGUCUGCUUUAAUAGUGGUUUCUGGAUCCGGUCAGCAACACUAGAUCUCGAUUACCGGUCCUCAAACUCCAUUUACGUCUUCAGUAAUACCGCCGGGAGAAACCUUACAGUGGGAGAUCUAAUUACCUUGGAUGCCACAGUGGCAGAAUAUCGGUCCUCGGCAGCUUACCUCUACCUCACUCAGCUCACAGCCCCUAAGAACAUUGCCGUUAUUUGCAGCGGUCAAGAUGUUACCCCAAUCAUACUUGGUGGACUGAUGUGGCCUCCGUCUGAGCGAUUCUCAUCUUUGGACGAUGGAGAUGUUUUCAGUAUUCCAAACAACAGCAGCCUAAUAUCCGUGGUAAAUCCAAGCCUGGAACCACUUCUUUACGGCCUCGACUUUUGGGAGUCCAUGAGUGGUGAGCUUGUUCAGGUCCAGACGCCUAAAGCUCUGUCAAAACCAAAUAAUUUUGGAGAUACCUGGGUAACUGGGUCUUGGGAAGUUUCUGGGAGGAACAAGAGAGGUGGCUUGACUGCCAGCGAUCGAGGUAUGUACCAUGAAUUGGUCGAUUUUUCUUUCCUGAUGCCAGAAACCAGACGCAAAUCCCGAAGCGAUCUUGAUUGGAGCCCCUCUAGAUGGAACCGACAACCCAGAAUCUGCAAAACUCGGUGAUGACUUGGAAGAACUUACCGGAGUUGUCACUCAAGCUUUCGGAUACUAUCGCAUUUUACCUUUAACGGCGAUCAAUGUCACCGCCUCCGCACAGCCAGAAUUGCCACCUGCAACAACUCUCACAUCAAGUGGGGAUUGCAAGCAACUCACAAUCGGGUCAUACAACGUGGAAAACAUGUCACCAAACUCUUCGCAUCUACCAAAUAUUGCCAAGCACAUCGUCGAGUACCUCAAAACCCCGGAUUUGAUUUUCCUUCAAGAAAUCCAAGAUAAUAAUGGAGCAACGAACGACGGGGGUAUGAGUCCCAUCUCAACACUCCUUGAAAACAGCUAACUCCUCACAGUCGUCGACGCAAACGAGACCCUCUCAGCGCUCGUAACUUCAAUUUCCACACAAUCCAACACCACGUACCUAUUCACAGACAUCAGCCCAGUGUCCAACCAAGACGGCGGUCAACCUGGAGGAAACAUCCGGGUAGCCUACCUCUACAAACCCUCCAUUCUCCGUCUCCGAAACGCGAACCCAGGAAGUAGCACCGACGCAAACGUCGUGCUUCCAGGUCCAGAGCUAAAAUACAACCCUGGUAGAAUCGACCCUUUGAACACCGAAGCUUGGUCCGGUUCAAGAAAACCUCUAGCUGCUGCAUGGGAAACUCUAGACGGCAAGAACAAAUUCUUCACCGUGAACGUGCAUUUCGGUUCCAAGGGUGGAAGCUCCUCGAUUGAAGGUGAUGCACGACCACCUGUGAAUGGCGGGGUGGAUGAUAGGAUGUUGCAAAUGAACGUCACCGCCUCAUUUAUCUCCUCGAUUCUAGCCCAGGAUCCGGACGCGAAAAUCAUCUCUUCCGGUGACUUUAAUGAAUUCACCUUCGUUGCUCCUCUUCGGUCUUUUAUGGAGCGCUCAGGAUUGGAGGACCUUGACGAGGUGGCGGAGAUUGAAAAGAGUGAGAGAUAUAGUUAUGUCUUUGACAUGAAUUGCCAGGAGUUAGAUCAUAUGUUCGUCUCCAAGGCGCUGGCGAAGAAGGGAGAGGCAGAGUUUGAACAUGUGCAUGUCAAUACUUGGGCGACGGCUGCGGAUGAGACUUCUGAUCAUGACCCUUCGGUCGCGAGGUUUAAUAUGUGUGAAUGA